AUGGCUCCAACUGAGAUCAAGGGCAAGAAAGCUGGCCGACCUCAAAAACCCAGUGUCCAGACUGCGGACGCAAGAGAGAAAGCCACUAAGAAGGGAACAGAGCAAAAGUUGCCGUUGAAGAGACGCUCAACAGCAGGGGGAAAUAAUCAGACGACUCCUAGUUCAACUAUUCCUUCGAAAAGACAGAAGCAGACGAAGGAAACAUCACGAACAAGCUCUUCAAUAUCGUCGAACAGAGAUGAGGGAAUCUCCGAAGCGGAAGACAGGUUCUCUUCCGAGGAGCCAGACUUCAUUCUUGCCGAGAUAAUCACUGUUGACGGGCCGAAACAGCAUCCCGCUGAUAGCAAAUCCUCUGAACCACGAAUUGAUUAUAAGCUCAUUACCACCAUCCUGCACGAGGUCGCGUUUAAGAAGCAGAAAACUCGGGUAACGAAAGACGGAGUCAAGCUGUUUACGAAAUAUAUUGAAAGCUUCGUUACCGAAGCUGUAAGUAGGUCAAUCGAGGAAAAACGCGCAAGUAACACUGCUGCGAUGGCUACACUGGGUACGAGAACGGACCUUGACCAUAGGAAUUAUCUAGAGACGGAGGAUCUAGAAAGGGCAUACCCACAACUUAUGCUCGACUUCUGA